AUGAUGGAAGGACGAGGGUCGCUGUCGUCCUACCGAGGUAAAGAAUCAGGGGGAGAUAUGAAUAGCGACGCGCGAAACAUCAAUGAGCUUAGCAAUGCGCUCCUAAUUGCGAACCUUGGAUUCUUCAGAAAGUGCAAACAUAUUGGCUGUGUAGUCGAGCAACAGAUACGAAAUGUCGCAGCGUCCGUCUGUAGUGUGUUGGUGCGUGGAAUCGUCAAUGUUCAAGAGUACGGAGCAGCAAAUGGGCAGUUGACCUUUGAAAUUUCGGGCCCCAGAAAAAAUGGCUGCGAUUCCGCGCCCGGAUCAACUUCGGCAAUUCCCAACCUCGACUUUCAACUCCAACCAUCAGAUCAUACUUACGACACGAUCCAAAAAUUUAUAACAACCCGCAAUCCCAACGUAUUCCUAAUCCCCCAUACCCAAGCGAACCACGCAUAA